CGGGCGGGCGGGGUCGCGCGAGCUUCCCCGGGGCCGAGCCGGGACCCGCCCUCUACGAGUAGCUGCCAGACGUGGCUCCACCCUCGCAGAACGUUGGCAAGUCAUCCUGCUGCAGGGCUGGGAGUGGGGGCGGGGAGAAGGGCGUGGCGGGCACGAGCCAAUGGGCGAGGCUGGGGCCGGGCGACGCCACGGCCAAUCGCCCGGCAGCGCGGGAGUUUCAAGUCUCCGUCUCCGCCCCGCCGCGGGGGGAGACUGCGCCUAUAAAGGCGGCCGGCUCGGGCCCGGGUCAGUUCCCCGUGUGCUCGUCGUCCGGUGGUCUACCGUCUCCGCCAUGGCCCGUACGAAGCAGACCGCCCGCAAGUCCACCGGCGGCAAGGCCCCGCGCAAGCAGCUGGCCACCAAGGCGGCCCGUAAGAGCGCCCCGGCCACGGGCGGCGUGAAGAAGCCGCACCGCUACCGGCCCGGCACCGUGGCGCUGCGCGAGAUCCGGCGCUACCAGAAGUCGACCGAGCUGCUGAUCCGCAAGCUGCCGUUCCAGCGCCUGGUGCGCGAGAUCGCGCAGGACUUCAAGACGGACCUGCGCUUCCAGAGCUCGGCCGUCAUGGCGCUGCAGGAGGCGAGCGAGGCCUACCUGGUGGGGCUGUUCGAGGACACCAACCUGUGCGCCAUCCACGCCAAGCGCGUCACCAUCAUGCCCAAGGACAUCCAGCUGGCCCGCCGCAUCCGUGGGGAGCGCGCCUGAGCGUUCCAUCUCCCUUCCCUCCCCCACAAAGGCUCUUUUCAGAGCCAACACGAGUUCUCGGAAAGAGCUGUGUGCUUCUUA